AUGCCUAUCAGUCGUGCUCGCGUUUACGCCGAUGUCAAUACGCAUAAGCCACGCGAGUACUGGGAUUAUGAAUCUUACAUUGUCAACUGGUCCGAUCAAGAUAACUACCAAUUAGUUCGAAAACUUGGUAGAGGAAAGUAUAGUGAAGUUUUUGAAGGAAUUGAUAUUAGAGACAAUUCGAAGACGGUUGUCAAAGUUUUAAAGCCGGUAAAAAAGAAGAAAAUUAAGCGUGAAAUUAAAAUUUUGGAAAAUCUUCGUGGCGGCACGAACAUAAUUACAUUAAGAGCAACAGUCAAAGAUCCUAUGUCUCGCACUCCCGCUUUGAUUUUUGAAUAUGUCAACAAUACGGACUUCAAGCAACUAUAUCAAACAUUAUCGGAUUACGAUAUACGUUAUUAUUUAUAUGAAUUGCUUAGGGCUUUAGAUUUCUGCCAUAGUAUGGGUAUCAUGCAUCGGGAUGUUAAGCCACAUAAUGUAAUGAUUGAUCAUGAACAUGGCAAAUUAAGGCUAAUCGAUUGGGGUCUUGCUGAAUUCUAUCACCCUGGAACGAGUUAUAAUGUUCGCGUCGCAUCUCGUUAUUUUAAAGGACCUGAACUCUUAGUUGAUUUCGAGGAAUAUGAUUACUCAUUAGAUAUGUGGAGUUUAGGAUGCAUGUUUGCUAGUAUGUUGGUACGUAUUGCCAAAGUCCUAGGCACGGAUGAGUUAUAUGCUUACGUUGAAAAAUACAAGAUUGACUUAGAUCCAAGAUUUCAUGAUUUGCUCGGAAGGCACUCUAAGAAGAAAUGGGAAAGAUUUAUUCAUGGUGAAAAUCAACACUUAGUAUCUUCCGAAGCAAUCGAUUUUUUAGAUAAGCUAUUACGUUAUGAUCAUCAAGAGAGAAUCACUGCACGUGAAGCUAUGGACCAUCCGUACUUUUUAACGGCUAUAAAGUUACCAAAGACGAAACUCCAUUAA